AACCAAAAUCACUGGACACCAGGUAGUGACGAGAAUAGUAGAAGAGGCGAGGACUGAGGAGGAACAGUGGGAGCAAACGGAGCCCUAAUUGUAAUUGCCUGUUCUUCUUCUGUAUUCAUUUAUUACCAAAGAUGGAAACCAUUGGCGUCCUGAUGACCAGCCCCAUCUCGGCAUACCUGGAGGAAGAGCUCGACAAGCGAUUCAAGCUCUUCAGGUUUUGGGAAUCCCCGGAGAAGAAGGAGUUUCUGAACAAGAAUUCACUUUCGAUAAGAGCGGUCGUGGGGAACGCGAGUGUCGGCUGCGAUGCUGCGAUGAUUGAUUUGUUGCCCAAGCUGGAGAUAGUAUCAAAUUUUAGCGUUGGGUUGGAUAAGGUCGAUUUGGUGAAGUGCAAGGAGAGAGGGGUUAGGGUUACCAAUACCCCCGAUGUUCUCACCGACGAUGUUGCUGAUUUAGCAUUGGCUUUGAUUUUGGCGGUGCUCAGGGGGAUCUGUGCUUGCGAUCGUUACGUCAGGGGCGGGUCGUGGAUCAAAGGGGACUUUAAACUGACUACCAAGUUCAGUGGCAAAACAGUAGGCAUUCUGGGACUGGGCAGGAUUGGCUCAGGAAUUGCAAAAAGAGCUGAAGCAUUUGGGUGCCCGAUCAGUUAUUACUCCAGGUCGAAGAAACCGAAUAUAAACUACAAAUACUAUCCAAGCGUAGUGGAAUUGGCAGCCAACUGCGAUAUACUCGUAGUUGCUUGUCCUCUAACAGAAGAAACACGCCACAUUGUGAACCGUGAAGUGAUUGAUGCAUUAGGUCCAAAGGGCGUCAUCAUAAACAUCGGGCGUGGUCCACACGUCGAUGAGGCAGAGCUGGUGUCUGCGCUGGUUGAAGGGCGGUUGGCUGGGGCUGGGCUGGAUGUAUUCGAGCAUGAGCCUCAUGUACCGGAGCAACUGUUCGAUCUAGAAAAUGUGGUUCUACUUCCCCACGUCGGUAGUGGCACCGUGGAAACGCGCAAGGACAUGGCGGAUCUUGUGAUACGCAACCUGGAAGCCCACUUUCUGAACAAGCCUCUCAUUACACCUGUAGUUUGAGAUUUUUAGCUUGCCACGAAGCUACAUUACUCUCUUGUAGGUAUUCUGGACUCAUAUUUCAUUUGGACACAUCUUAGUAAACUUCAUCUCUGUAAGAACAGUAUUGUUUUUUACUAUUGUUAUCUGAAAUAGAAUAAGAGAAAGUAAAGAAUAAAGAA